UUCUAGACACCAAGAUAGCUUUCAAAACUCAUAAGCUCAUUUAGCCAACGGCCCAAUCACGUGCUUCCACGUCGUCUCUCGCCGACUGGUUUCGCCUUCUCCGGUCGUCGUCUUUUCACGGUAACAAUCCUGGGAUUUCCUAAUUUGAAGCAAUAUACAUGUGUGGGACGAAAUUAGGGUUAGGGUUCUUCUGUCUACUGAAAGCAGAACCAGCUCAGUUUCUAUUCACGAACAUGAACAUAUAGCAGAUAUACGUCUUUGUAAUUCUUCAAUAAGAUGUCGAUUUUGAGGCGGAGGUCAAAAGUGCAGAAUUCUUCAGAUUUCUCUGAUUCUGGGAAAGACAGAGAGGAUGAUAAGAAGGACAGACGGAAGGAGAAACCAAAGCGAAAGCAAGACGGAGGAGAGAGGAGGAUAAAGAAAUGGACGUGCGUGGACAGCUGUUGCUGGUUCAUUGGUUUUACAUGCUCGAUGUGGUGGUUUUUGCUUUUUUUGUACAAUGCAAUCCCUUCCUCUUUCCCUCAGUACUUGACGGAGGCGAUCACUGGGCCGUUGCCGGACCCACCUGGCGUUAAAUUGAAAAAGGAAGGGCUAACAGCAAAGCAUCCGGUGGUUUUCGUGCCUGGAAUUGUUACCGGUGGGCUGGAAUUGUGGGAGGGACACCAGUGUGCUGACGGAUUGUUUAGAAAGCGACUCUGGGGUGGCACAUUUGGGGAAGUGUACAAAAGACCGUUAUGCUGGGUUGAGCAUAUGUCACUGGACAAUGAAACUGGACUGGACCCUCCUGGCAUAAGGGUCAGGCCUGUAUCUGGACUCGUUGCAGCUGAUUAUUUUGCACCUGGUUAUUUUGUCUGGGCAGUUUUAAUUGCUAAUUUGGCUCGCAUAGGAUAUGAGGAGAAAACCAUGUAUAUGGCUGCUUAUGAUUGGAGAAUAUCAUUUCAGAACACUGAGGUCAGGGACCAAACUCUGAGCAGGAUAAAAAGUAAUAUUGAGCUGAUGGUGGCUACAAAUGGUGGGAGAAAGGUGGUUGUUAUUCCACAUUCAAUGGGUGUUCUUUACUUUUUGCAUUUCAUGAAAUGGGUCGAGGCACCUGCUCCAAUGGGUGGUGGGGGUGGAACAGAUUGGUGUGCCAAGCAUAUAAAGGCAGUGAUGAAUAUUGGUGGACCCUUUUUAGGUGUGCCCAAAGCAGUCUCGGGAUUUUUCUCUAAUGAAGCCAGGGAUAUUGCUGCUGCCAGGGCUUACGCUCCAGGUUUUUGGGAUAAAGAUGUUUUUGGUCUUCAAACUCUGCAACAUUUAAUGCGGAUGACUCGUACAUGGGAUUCAACCAUGUCUAUGAUACCAAAAGGUGGCGAUACAAUCUGGGGUAGCCUUGAUUGGUCACCUGAAGGACUCUACAAUUGUGGGGCAAGGAAGCCAAAAAAUAAUCAUACACACACUGCAAUUCCAAAUGGGAAAGGGGUGUCAAGUUUCAAAGAAGGUGUAAACUAUGGGAGGAUUAUAUCAUUUGGGAAAGAUGCGGCCGAGCUUCAUUCCUCCAAAAUUGAGAGGAUUGAUUUCAGGGAUGCUGUUACUGUUAAAAAGCCUGCAAACAACUGUGACAUCUGGACAGAGUACCAAGAAAUGGGUGUUGGAGGUAUUAAAGCUGUUGUGGACUACAAAGUAUACACAGCUGGAUCAGUUUUGGAUCUGCUUCAUUUUGUUGCUCCCAAGCUUAUGAAACGUGAAGGUGCUCAUUUUUCACAUGGGAUUGCCGACAAUUUGGAUGAUCCUAAAUACAAACACUACAAAUAUUGGUCGAACCCCUUAGAAACAAAAUUACCGAAUGCUCCAGAAAUGGAGAUAUAUUCUAUGUAUGGAGUUGGAAUACCCACUGAAAGAGCAUAUGUUUACAAGCUAGCUUCCACUGCUGAAUGCUCAAUUCCCUUUCAGAUAGAUACCUCGGUAACUGGUGGAAGUGAGAACUCCUGUCUAAAGGAUGGAGUUUUUUCUGUUAAUGGAGACGAGACAGUUCCUGUUUUGAGUGCAGGUUUUAUGUGUGCCAAGGGUUGGCGAGGCAAAACCAGAUUCAAUCCAUCAGGCAUUCGUACCUACAUAAGGGAAUAUAAUCACGCCCCUCCAGCUAAUCUUCUAGAGGGCCGAGGCACCCAAAGUGGUGCUCAUGUUGAUAUACUGGGGAACUUCGCAUUGAUAGAGGACAUUAUAAGGGUGGCAGCUGGAGCUACAGGAGAGGACUUGGGAGGAGACCAAGUUCAUUCUGAUAUUUUCAAAUGGUCUGAAAAGAUCAACCUGCAGCUAUAGUUAACAAGAAAUCACACCUACUCUCUCCUUGCAGUUUAAGACAUUCUAAUACGCUGUGGGUGCAGCCAUUGUUGGUAAAUUAUGGAGGUCCUUUUAUUUGCUCACAUUGAAGAGGACUUCUGCAAGGAAUGCCAUCUUCAUUUGUUUUGGGAAUGACCUAAAAAGGUUACUGACAUGAUCAAUAGACUUCCCGCAUCGCUUGUACCUGCCAUUUUUUGGUGCACGUAAGCUCUACAGUCGCUUGAAAUUUUGGUUACCCUGUAAUUUAUUUGGCUGUUGUGAAUAAAAUCUGUUAUAAGCUUGGCUGGUUUUCCUUGGAAUUUUUGAUCUCCCUGGGGCUAUUGUGGCUUUGAUCCCGCCUCCCUAAAGGGCACUAUACUUGAUCCUUAGAUGCAUUCUUCCUGGUGUUUAGGGUUUAUCUAUGGUGUUUUUGGGUCCAGCAGAAUGGAGAUUUAAUGCUUUAAAAUCAUUUGAUUCCAAUGGAAUUGAUGAGGCUUUGUCAAGAUUCGGUCCUGCCGGAGUUUUAAGAUGACAGGGGCCAUCUGUUUCGUUGGGAUUAUCCAUCAGCUUUCUACCUUAAAGAAAGAAGAAAAAAUGUUCUACGUGUUCCA